AACCAGCCUCAAAUGACUUGAGUAGAUUUGCGCGACAGAUGAACUUGGCCAACGGACAUAGCACGGACUUAAAGCACAUUUCGCGUUUACCACCUGUCAAAAAAAAAAUUCGGCAAAAAGUAGUAGUCUACGCAAACAUUGACAGAAUGCUCACCGAGCGCUUUGUCGCAGCAAUUCAAUCGCCAACCAACAUAACAGUUCCUGGCUCAAAGGAUGCUGGAAUCUUCCUACAUGAGCUGCGACCAUUGCCUGGCUUGCAACAGACAUUCAAGAGAAGUGUAUCGGCACCGAAUUGCGUCGCUGUAAGCGAAACGCAUAUCUUUGCCGCGCAAUCGGAAAAGGCCACCGUACACGUAUACAACAGAGAGAAGGGCUAUCACGAAGCGACAGUACCGUUUAAUGAAAAGAUCACCUGUCUGACGCUAGCUGCGUCUGGUCUUGUUUUAUUACUCGGCACAGAAGGAGGCCGGGUAAUAGCAUGGGAGAUAGCUACAGGGCGUCUAUCAAGUACCUCACAUGCUCAUCUUCAAGCUGUUACUUGCCUCACUGGGGACGCUUCCUCACACUUCAUUCUCUCUGGGUCCUGCGAUGCCACUGUUCUAAUCUGGUCUUUGAGCGAGCUAUUAACAUUUUCUAGCUCGGAUAGUUCAAGUUCUCGUAACGUUUUGCCACUUCAUUCCCUGUCAGCUCAGCGCGGCCCAAUCACGGCACUUGCAAUGGCUUAUGGCCACGGUCCGACGUAUAUCGCGAUCAGCGCAUCAGAAGAUCGAACUAUCCUGGUCUGGGAUUGCAAAAAAGGCACUACACUUCGGACAUACUUGCUACGAGAUAUACCCAGAGCUCUUGUUAUGGACAGGUGUGACCGUGGGUUUUACACAAUCUACGAAGAUGGCAGUGUUCAGCUUAUAGAUUUAAUGCGGAAUUAUGAUCUUGUCAAUGACGUAUAUGAUGGUGAUGCUACCGCUCCCAUACAGCCAAGAGAUAGUUGUCUCUGGAAAGCAGAGGGACAAGAGCUAGGAAGCGGUGUUAGUCUUGGGCUUAGUUGGGAUGGCACUCAGUUGCUAUCUGGUCAUAGUAGUGGAAAGAUUGCAACUUGGGACGUUCCUAGGGGUAAUUUCAUGUCCGUUCUUGCUGUGCUGCCAGGCCCCGUGAGCAGCAUUACCAUGCUUCCAAUAACGGGGUUAGAAUUAGUCGAAAAGAAGAGUUCUGGCAUUUCGAUACUAGGAAUCACGAAACCUCGUAUCAUUAACACAGAAACUGAGAGUGGCACUCCGGGAAAUUAUACUAUGGCAUCGCAGCUAAAAUCCAGCUUCAUUGCAACGCGAUUUCGAGCUAGCCAACCCCCUGGCAAGGAAAUGCUAGGCAGUCUGGGAUGCGCGUUAGCACGACCAUCAUAUUCAUCAAAAGUUCUAGAAUCUGGUCAGCUUGGUCAUCGAAUUACCAGUCCGCUAUCGACGAUAGCGAUGAACGGUGAAGUACAGAAGCUGAUGGAAGCAUCCACCAACAAUGAUAACCAGCAGGAAGCCAAUGAGCUGGUAGAUUUGAGAGUAAGAAAUCAUACUCUUGUUGAGCAAAUAUCGCAUCUGCAAAACUUACAAAGGGCUUCGUUCGUUCAGCUACGGAAAAAAACGAUGACUAUAGAUACUCUUGUGAAGGAUCACCACUAAUGAAUGAGAAAAAAAAUUAAAUCACGAACACUUUUAAGAGCCAAGCAACUCAAAACGGGAAUGAAGGUUUUAUCGAUGGCGUCCCUCGGAAUCUACAUCAAUAGAAACCUGGCAUUGGUAGAGAACGAUAGGUGGCUGCUAAGGCAAGGAUCCAUAUCAGCGAUAGAUGAAACUUGACAUAGUCUGGAAUAUUUUGAGAACAUUACAUUUUUGUUUCUGAACAGCUGACGUCUACAAGUGUGUAUUUAUUUUACUUCCAAGACUCGCUAGGUAUAGGAAAGUUCGCAUAGAUACUGUUCAGUUACCAACCGAAUAGGCAAUUGCUUCACUGAAUGAUUUAUCAGGCUCUGUG